UUACAAUCUCUCAUUUUCUGAAACAAAAUUGUGUUGGAUCAAAAAGUUCACAAAAGGCCUUAAAUAUUAAAGAGAAAUGGUGAGUCUCAUGAAAAUAAUGAUGGUUAUGGUUCUGUUAGUGAUUGGCGUGAGUGCAGAGACGGUGGUGGAACUAUGUAAACGAACAAUGUGCAAGACUCAAUGUCAAGGCAACAAAUUCCAAAGUUCUGGAUGUUCUGAUUGUCUCCUUGGAUGCGCUUGGCCUGGAAGUACCAGCAAAAUAGAUCAACGGGCUUUGUGUCUCAAGAAUUGUGAUGUCGGUUGUGGCCCGAGCAACGACUGCUACCAACGUUGUAUUAAACGUUGUCCUAGCCUUUUGAUUUGAGGAUUACAAGUCCUACACUUGUGCAACUAUUUUUC